CUCGCUAUCGCCUGAACGCUUAGCUUGCCCGCCGAAGCUUUCUCAGAAUCAGUGUGUCUGUUCCGAGGCGUGCACUAUUAUUACAUACAAUAGCCUCCUCUAUACUUGUACUAUCAUACAAUAUACAACUCUGUGUGUAUACCGCGUCUUCACUGCGAGGUGUACUAAUAUUGUUGGACGUCGCGGCGCCUAUUCCUAUUUAAAUAAAUAAAACAUCUGAACUGUGGUGUGUGUGUUGUAUUUGGAACUGCUACGAGAACUGCGGACUAACGACGACAGCGUGCCACUCGAUCGGGAGUCGGGAGUUUUUUCCAUACUGUUGUCGAAGCUCGAUUUUUAAUCGAAGUGUUUGUUCCCUCCUCCAAUAAACUUGUGACAUUGGAUUUUUUGGUAUUUUUCUCUCUGCCCAAGACGGCGCUAUCAGCCUAUUGAAAUAUUUUGAAUACCGCCACAGAAGACAUUCGUCGACAGCAUCAGCAGUAGACUCAGGACCUGCAACAUGCGCUAGAACCUAAUAAAAACGACAAUCGCUUCGCUUUGCCUACCUGCUUGUGCAAGUUCAUAGUACGGAACGAAGCUCCUCUCUACAAACCUCGUUUGUCUAGACCGUCUUAAUUGUUAUAGAACAAACAGUGUGUGAUCCCGAGUCGAGUUUAUUUUUUAUACACAAGAAGCGUGAUAGUAUUUUAAUAGUUACUCGAAAUGGACAAUAAUUCUACCUGAUCUAAAGUUAAUUGAACCGCAAUUCUAAUUGGAUUGUACCGCCGUCGCGCCACGUCCACACUUUGAACUCGCGUCCAGUUUGUAUUUUAAUAGUGUCUUUGAAAUCACUUUUGGAAAAUUCGUUCUGUCGGUACAAUGGCUAUGGUUAACAUGAAUAAUCUUUUGAACGGGAAAGACUCUCGCUGGCUCCAGCUGGAAGUUUGCAGGGAAUUCCAGAGGAACAAGUGCUCCAGGCCGGAUACCGAGUGCAAAUUUGCACACCCUCCAGCCAACGUCGAGGUCCAGAACGGACGUGUCACAGCCUGCUACGAUAGUAUUAAGGGUCGGUGUAACAGAGAAAAGCCCCCAUGCAAAUACUUCCACCCUCCUCAGCACUUAAAGGACCAGUUGCUUAUAAAUGGCAGGAAUCACCUCGCGCUAAAGAAUGCCCUCAUGCAGCAGAUGGGCCUGACGCCCGGUCAACCUCUAGUUCCAGGACAAGUCCAGGCAGUGGAGGUGGAUCCGCCAAUAGACUGCCUUCCCCUGACCUUCUUCCCCCACCUGUCCAUGACAAUUGACGAGCAGUACGCACUUACGGCGGCCAAUCCCUACCUUACGGGAAUGCCACAAGUAGGAAGCACGUACAGCCCGUACUUCGCUCCCGGCCCCAUAAUGCCCACGAUAAUGGGCCCGGACCCCACGGGAGUGGGCUCGCCGUUGGGCGUCGUGCCCCAAACAGUAGUAGCACAACAAAAGAUGCCUCGCUCUGACAGAUUAGAGGUGUGCCGUGAAUACCAGCGCGGGGCGUGCAAACGAGCAGAGUCAGAGUGCCGCUUUGCGCAUCCCGCUGACUCUGUGACUGCCAACGAGGACGGCACUGUCACUGUCUGCAUGGAUGCAGUCAAGGGCCGCUGCAACCGCGACCCCUGCCGCUAUUUCCACCCCCCUCUGCACCUCCAAGCCCAAAUCAAGGCCGCACAGUCGCGGGCUAGCGCGCCCGCUGCCGUUUCGCCAUUGCUGGCCCCACCGGCCGCCACCGCCGCCCUUGAGAUAGGCAAGAAGAGGCCCCGCGAGCCUAGCACCGCCGACACAGAUCUAUUACUGAUGGAUAUGAAAUCAGUUGGAUCGUUUUACUAUGACAAUUUUCAGGCCUUCCCAGCAGGCAUGGUUCCAUACAAGCGACCAGCGGCCGAUAAAUCUGGUGUCCCCGUGUACCAGCCCAACGCCACCACCUACCAACAACUAAUGCAGCUGCAGCAGCCGUUUGUGCCCGUGUCAUGUGAGUAUUCCACCUCGCCCGCUCCCCCACCCUCCUCCUCAUGUGCUUCACCCACAGUUCCUGAGGCAAUCCAGUCCGUUUCCUCGGCCGCGCCCCAGCCGCAGCCGCAGCCGCCGCAGCAGGUCAGCAAAGACGAGGCGAUCUCCUGCGUCACCACCACAGCCUCCUUGCCUUCUUUGCCACCGCAGCCCGCUAUCCCCGAUCCCGCAACGCUUGCUAAGGAGGUCGCCCAGCAGAAUUACGCGAAAGCCGUCAAGUUGGCUGCCGUUAAUCAGUCUCUUGCCGCUAAUCAGUUCAGUCACCUGAACCCAUUGAACUACACGGGAGUCGCGUUGAACAAGCAAGCGCUUACUGUCCCUCCUCCUACCUUUCCUAGAUAUCCAGCAUUGCCUUUCCAGUUGAAUGCCGCUACCAGUCUGAACCUGGGGCUUGCGAAUCCCUAUCAGGCCGCCAUAGCUCAACAGAACUUGCUUAACAUCAGCCGACCGCCUCCAAAUUUCCAAUUCAAUCCUUAUUCCAUCAUGAGGACGCCUUAUACUGCCGCCAGUACGACUCCCAUCUACGGCAACAGUAUACUGAGCGCGCAGUAUCCGGUGACCGUCUCGGCAGCACCGAUGACCAACGUCUCUGCCUCGACGAACAUCGCUGUUGCGGCGGCGCAGAACAACAACAAUAACGUAGUCUUGCAGCCUUACAAAAAGUUAAAGACAACCUAAUCGUUAACCUUUGUUCACUUUUAACUGUAUUGUUUUCAUUUUCGUUGGUUUGUGUAAUAUUUUAUUAGUGAAACGUAUUAUUUUUUGCAAUUUUUAUUCAUUUUUAUGGUUAGUGUCUAGGAAUACAGAUCGGUACAUCAUCCUUUUUAACGUCUCUGUUGAAGAGAGAAAUUAGUGAUUUUUAUAUUACCGGUAAACGUGGAAUCAGUUCUAAUUAAUUAUUUUGACUUAUUCAAAAAUUAUCUAGUCAAAAGAUUUGUGGAUAUAGUAAUUAGAGAACUGGGCAAUGCUCUGAGCAAACCCGGACCAAGCGAGUGCCUCAAUACUGUGAUACCUUCACACCUGCUAUUUGCACCGCUAAAUAACAUCCCCCUUAUUACCCUCCUUACACCCUUUUAAUAAACCCAAAUUUAUUAAUUUUGGUGGAUAAGAUUAGUAUGAUGUAUCUUUGCCAUUAAAGUGGAAAAUAUUAUAUUUAUUAGAGUUUAUGCAUGAUACAAUUUAUCCGUAUUUAUAUAAUCCAUUUGAGAGCCUAAUUGACGCAUGGUAGAUACUUUACGCGUUGUAUUUGUUAGAAAGUGCCAUCUCAGAGUCUGUAGUUUGUUAACUGACCCAAAAAGACCGCCCUUUUCCAAGGUUUGUACGUAGUCUUAUGAUUGAUUGGGGAAUAUAUUGAUUCCAAUUUCGUUCGCCGGAGGGUACUGCCUCUGCCGCGUUGAGUUAUACAGACUUUGAACAUCUGAGACAACUCAUACUGUGCUCUAUGUUUGUGUAUUAGUUCCAGUUUUGCAUGGGGCUUACUUUAUACAUGUUCUGCAUGUCCGUUUAAGAGAUUUCGGUUUUCUUUUUGGGUUAGGUUUUUCCGGCCUCUCGACCUGUAAUUCCGCGACAUUCCUCCAUAAGCCGGCUGGCGCGGAAUUACAUCUCGAGGAUGCCUGCUAACUUACCUUUGUACACACUAUUGAAUUUACCAGACUUUUUUCCUGGAAAAUGUUAUUGUAAUGAUUUUGUUAGUGACAUAAGUUGAUGAACAUGCAGUUGCCUCAAAGGCGGUUGUUAUUUUUGUCUUCCUGGGUUUGAUCUCGAAGCACAAUUUGUAGAAUUUCUUACGUUCUGCGUGUCAUCUUUUUAUCCAUUGUAGUUUUUAUCUUGUAUGUAGAGCAAAUAUUUAGGCUUUCGUUAGUGCAAUUUUAGUAGACUUCCAAAGCUACUACCAAAAAUGUUAGCCGCCAAAUUGUACGCCACAGUAGCGAUAAAAGUGCUGUUUUGAAAAUGCAUAUUCUUUAUUUUAAGUCUAGUCAAGUAUUGAGUUGUAUUAUAGUAAAAUAGAGUAUGGAAUUCUACUAAUAUUAUUAAAUGCAAUUUUAUGUCCGUUGGUGCAACGAAGUGUUUGACACAUUAAAUUUUGAGGCUAAAUAUUUGUCCUGUGUCCAAGGUAGUAUUAUUACCUUUGUAUUGUAAGAUAUAGGAUAGAGUUAGACAUAGAAUUGUGAUGUAUUAAUAUUUGUUAUAUAUAACAUUUGCUAAAAGAAAUGUGUCUUACUACUUAGCAUUUAAAGGAAAUUCACUUGUACUUUUACGAAGUACACCUUAUUGUGAUGCAUGUAAACUACAUAAUAAGUAAAUGUUCUAUUAAGUCUAUAUACAUAGUGUAUAAAGAAAAGAAUUUGCAUUUUUAAGUAGGAUUACUAUGUACCAGACAGGUUAGACAUAUAUCAGGCUCAAUUAUUUGCUAUAGUAGUUUUGGUAAUGGCCGAGUUGCCCAGUACUACCCGUUAGUACUGCGCGGCUGUGCGUAAUCAGCUGCCAGCCACCUUGAUCUUGACUUACAAUAACGUAGUGCCUUUAGGCUGCUGAUCACGCUUUGCUGAGGUGUGGGUCACGUUCGCCAUAUUAGUGUUAAAAACCUUUUCCAUAAUUUAUAUGAUUUAAUGUGUACUGUAUUGUUCUAAUCCUGAGGUGUAUGUAUUAUCACCGCUACUAUUUGUAAUAAUAAUGCUUGAAAAUGCA